AUGCCGACACAGCUGGAAGGUGCAAUGGAUGCACUAAUCACUGUUUUUCACAACUACUCUGGAAAUGAAGGGGAUAAAUACAAACUCAACAAGGGUGAGCUCAAAGAGCUUUUAACCAGCGAGCUCACCGACUUCUUGACGUCUCAAAAGGAUCCAAUGCUGGUAGAGAAGAUCAUGAAUGACCUGGACUCCAACAAGGACAACGAAGUAGACUUCAACGAGUUUGUGGUGCUGGUGGCUGCUCUGACAGUGGCCUGCAAUGACUUCUUUCAGGAACAGCAGAAGAAGAAAGGGAAUUAGGGCUCAGGACAACAAAUCCUCUGAUGGUGCUGUCCACAGUCCUUGAAAUGUUUGGAAAUUACUUGUGAACAUUCACUAUGAUGACACUUUUUGCAAUUACUCUAGCUUUU